CCGCCGGGCGCGAAGGAUUUUUACGUUUUGCGCUCGCGCGCGCAGGUUUCCAGAUGUACAGGCAGGCAGUGGCGCGCGGCGCGGCCACGAGCCCGUCGCUGGCUGCACGGUCUGGGCCAGGAGGGAGGGAAGGGAGCGAAGCCCGCCGAGCUGGAGGGUGGCGCUGGGAGGCGGCGAAGCGGCAAUGCUGAGGAUGAUGGCGAGCAGGAGCUCCCGGGCAGCUGCACGGAGCUGUCGCAGCCCGGCUUGCGCGGCCGCCGCCAAUGCUGAGACGCGAGCCGUCGGCCCCAGGUGAGGAAGCUGCCUGUAACCUCCCAGCCCAUUCCAUGGACUAUGCCCACACCUCCAUGCCCUCUCAGCCAUGGAGAAUCCCAUGUUCGACACCAUCCUGGAGACAACAGACGGGGUGACCCCUGACCCCAGCUGGACACUGCCCUACCCGCUGGGCUUCCAGGUCUCACUGACAGGCUUCCUUAUGUUGGAAAUUGUGCUGGGCAUGAGCAGCAACCUGACUGUAUUGGUGAUGUAUUGCCUUCAGGCUGGCCUGGUUGACUCAGUCAGUAACAUGGUGACCAUGAACUUGCACGUGCUGGAUGUGCUCAUCUGCGUGGUGUGUGCACCUCUUACCAUGGUGGUGGUCCUGGUGCCACCUGAUCGUGCUGCCACCCUCCUCUGCUGCUUCCAUGAGGCCUGUAUCACUUUCAGCAGCGUGGCAACUGCCACUAACGUGCUGGUGAUCAGUCUGGACCGCUAUGACAUCUCUGUACGGCCGGCGCAGCGUGUGCUGACUCCAGGCCGCGCCAUCCUACUCCUGGCUGGUGUCUGGGUGCUGUCUCUGGCUGUCUUCUUUGUACCCUUUCUUGAGGGAGAGUUAGGCCAUGCCAACACGUGGCAAAACCGCACAGUACUCUGUGUCGGCCCAGAGGAAUUCCAUGCUGAGCUCGGCACCUCCUAUCACCUAGCGAUCCAGAUCCCCACUUUCUUUGCUGCCGUGGCUGUCAUGCUUGUAACCUAUGCCAAGAUCCUGCAGGCUCUCAACAUCAGCAUUGGCAGUACCUUCAAACGCAGCCAGCGCCGCAAGACCAAAAAGAGAAAGCGGCGGAAAUCAGCAGAGCGAAGUGGCAGCAUGGCCAGUGGAGAAGCAAAGCGCCUGUCUCAGCCAGUGCCAGCACUCCCUACGCCAGCACCCAUGGGGGUCCAAGCCUCAGUCUCUGUCAUCAUUGCACUGCGGCGCGCAGUGAAGCGUCACCGUGACCGGAGGGAGCGCCAGCGGCGCGUUUUCCGCAUGUCUCUGCUCAUCAUCUCCACCUUCCUGUUGUGCUGGGCACCCCUGUCUGUUGCCAACCUGCUCAUCCUGUGCCGGGGGCCCAGCCCAUUGCUAGGCAAGCUACGUGUCUGCUUCCUGGCCAUGGCCUAUGGCACCACCAUCUUCCACCCUCUCCUCUAUGCCUUCACCCGCCAGAAGCUGCGGAACGUGCUCCGCAGCAAGCUGAAGAAGCGGGUGGUGUCAGCGCUGCAGGUGGACCCAGCACCCGGUGGCACCAUCAUCCACAACUCCUGGGUGGAGCCACCACACAAAAGCUGCAAAGGCCGGCUACGGGGCAGUGACGGGGCUGAGCACUGCCUGACGGAGGCUACUAAGGAGUGAGGUGUUGGUGCUGAGCCCUCAAAAUGGCUGUCAGCAGAAUUUGGGCGGGUGUACUAAUGUACCGCCUCACCCAAGCUGGUGAACAGUGAGUGCCAAACGCUGAAACCACUGAAGAGCGAGGGGAGGGAGGUGCAGAGCCCUCAUCAAGGCUACCAGGAACUACCAAACCAGUGCAGACCCCCCAUUUGAAGCCACUAGGAGAGAAGUGGGGGUCAGCAGAUGUCUCUCCAAGCAGUGAGGGUCAGCCAUCAAUGCCUCACUGAAACCCCAAGGGGUUUCUGCGUAGAGUGCGAUACUGAUCUCUCACGAAGGCCCCUGCCCAGAGUGUAAGGCCCUCCUCUAGCCAAUGCUGAAACCAGCUGACUGAGGUGGAAGGUGAAGGCAGAGGCUUUCCCACCCAUGACAUUGGCCUAUUCACCAUGCUAAUACCCAAUAGGAUUACUACCAUUUGAUGUUUAUACAGACAUCCACUCAGAUAAGUUCCCCUUCAUAUAGAGCCACUGAGCCUAUACAGCAGUAAGUGAGUAAGCUUCCCCAGGGGCCUGGUCAGCUCACACACCUUUCUCUUUUAUUGCUGGCUAAGACGAGGAUGGCUAGAACAAGUUCUCUUGUCUAUUGACAGAAGAGGUGGAGGUCUGGAGAAAAUGCAGGU